CGUCACGGAACCAUGCUUUAUCACGUCGUGUUGCCCGUGUUCGGGCUAUUUGUCUUCGUAACCUCCGUCAUAGCCGAAGGUUUUGGUGUCUGCUACGACUCGUACGACUCGGCCAACAUGCCAGGACACUUCCGCACCAUCAAGCAACGAUUCGAGUCUGUGCGGACCUAUCAGACAGCCAUGGGCAGCCAAAACGCUAUCACAGUCGCGGCUAACGCUGGCUUAAAGAUCGCAGCGGGGGUGUGGCUGUUGGAGGACAGGUACCAAGUGGAUCUGGACGCUGCCAUCGCCGGUGCCAAAGCCAACCCGAACGCGGUGCAGGUCAUCUUUAUUGGCAACGAAGAAUUGCACCAAGGUUGGAGCGCCGCGAGAUUGACAUCCGUGGUACAAGAUGCGAAAGCCAAGUUGGCAGCGGCCGGAGUCCGCGUCCCCGUCGGCAUUGUGCAAACUGACGGCGACCUGCUGGCCAAUCCAGGACUGGCCGAUCUCGUCGACAUUGUGGGGGCCAACAUCCAUCCGUUCUUUAGCGGGGGCCCGGACUCGACAACCGACCCCAUUAAGGACCUGAAGCGAAGAUAUGAGGCCGUGGUGGCCAAGUUUGGUUCCAAGGUCCGCGUGACAGAGGUGGGCUGGCCCAGCCAUGGGGGGGCGUUCCAGGGUCACAUCGCGAGCACUGCGUUGUCGGAGAAGUUUUACUACGACGUCAAGGGGUGGCAGCAAUCGACGGGCACGGCCGCGUACUACUUCAUGUACCACGACAACCUCGGUAAAGGUGGAUUCGAAUCGUACUUUGGCAUUGCCCAUCCCAAUGGCCAGUGGAAAUUUGGAGGCACACCGGUGUACCCGCCCACAGACGCGCCUACUACCAAACCCCCUGCACCUACUACUGCCACCCCCGAGCAGACGACCAAACCUCCUGCUACCUAUUUCCCAACAUCUCCCCCCACUACAGCUUCACCCACAAUCACUUUGGCACGACCCACCACAACACCGCCCCCAACUACACUUGCACCCCUUACAACAGCCACAUCAACCACCACGAGUCGUCCAGUCACACCCAUAGUGACCAACAACUCGACCAACAACUCGACCAACACCAGCGACAUCACAUUCCCACCCCAAGCCUAUAACUUGACGUCGUCAACUAACUCGACCAACAACUCGACCAACAGCAGCGACAUCACAUUCCCACCCCAAGCCUAUAACUCGACGUCGUCAACUAACGCGUCCAACUCGAUCACGUUUAACCGCGUAAAUGUGCAAGCGACGAAUUCCGCCAAUGGCGUCGACGUUGGCGCCAUUUCCGGCGUGGCGAUUGGUGGAUUUGCUGUGGCCGCCAUUGCCGUCAUCGGUGUGGUGCGUCAUCGCGGCGCGCAAGCUAUUUAAUUUAGCUUGAAAACGAACGAAAGGGCGACGCCGAAUUGGCCAUGCUCAGUCGACGUAGCGCUAUCAUGAAGUUUUAAAGUUUUAGGGCCCGUCUGGAUGCCACCUAAGAGCAUCUCCAACGGUGUUUAUAUUUCUACUAACGUUAUGAGUAUUUCAAUUCGAA